AUUCCUGAGCAUAACCUCAUUGACAGAGUGGGUGUGAGAGAUGUCUUGCUGUUGAAGUGUCAUAGACGGAAUUGCUUAUUUAUCGCAUCAAUGAUCACUUCGUAAAACUUUAAUUUAUUGUUCCCUGAGAUUACUCAUUAUUCUAGACAUUGUUAAACGUACUGUCAUUAAAGCGAAAUUAGCAUUCAAGGGUAUAAAUGCCUUAUGGAAAUAACAGCUGCUCGUUUGUUUGAAAAUGGCGACGGAAAGAGAUUUGGUGAAUGCGGUACGUGACUCCUUGGAAGCCGAGGGAGUUCUCAGUAGGAUGAAGGCAGAAAUGCGUACAGAGGUGAUGAAGCUUCUUGACGGCUCAAAUAAAUCUCAUAGAACCAAGCGACCAAAGCCUCCACACGAUGUGCUUCUUCUGAAUGAACUAAUUCGAGAGUAUCUCGACUGGAUUGGCUAUAAAUACACCUCGACGGUAUUUGUCGCAGAAUGCGAGAUGGCAAAGCAGCCUCUGGAUCGAGAGUUUCUUAUACAAGAUCUGGGAGUCAAGGAAAACGAGGAAUCUAAAGACCUUCCGCUGCUAUUGGGUCUUGUUGAGACGUUCAAAAAUCUUAAGACUGCAUAGACUCGGCUACUGACAAUCGAUGCACCACCAUUUAUUUAAUCACUCUUUCGAUGAUCUCAAUGGCAUGUAAUUUAAUAAAUAACUUUAUAAAUUUUAGUCAGCUACAGUUAAUCUUCAGCCAGGGAUUUCUUUCGUUCUUGCAACGGUUUUGGCGCGGUUCCGACCUACCCAUCACUUUUGGGACUUUCAAAAAAGUUUUGCCUCCGAGGAAAGAGACAUCUAUCCGAAUGGACUCCUCAAAAAUUGAAACUCAAAUACUACGUAAUGAUGUGUCUUAU